GGAACCAGUGGGGUCACAAUGGCAUCCCUGUAUGUAGGCGACCUCCACCAUGAUGUGACUGAGGCGAUGUUGUAUGAAAAGUUCAGCCCAGCAGGGCCUAUCUCGUCUAUUCGAGUGUGUAGGGAUAUGAUCAGCCGUCGUUCCCUGGGCUACGCCUAUGUUAACUUUCAGCAGGCAGCAGAUGCUGAGCGGGUGUUGGAGACAAUGAACCUGGACGUGAUCAAGGGCAAACCAGUUCGCAUUAUGUGGUCCCAGCGUGACCCCUCCCUGCGCAAGAGUGGCGUGGGCAACAUUUUCAUUAAAAACCUAGAGAAGUCCAUUGACAACAAGGGCCUGUUUGAUGCUUUCUCUUCCUUUGGUAAUAUCCUGUCCUGUAAGGUGAUCACUGAUGAGAAUGGUUCCAAGGGCUAUGGCUUUGUUCACUUUGAAAGUCAAGAGUCUGCUGAAAAAGCAAUUGAGAAAAUGAAUGGGAUGCUUCUGAAUAAUCUCAAGGUGUUUGUUGGACAUUUUAAAUCCCGCAAAGAACGAGAAUUAGAACUUGGGGCUAGAGCCAGAGAGUUUACCAAUGUUUACAUCAAGAAUUUUGGAGAAGACAUGGAUAAUAACAGACUUGGUGAACUGUUUGCAAAAUUUGGAAAUCCUUUGAGUGUAAAAGUAAUGACUGAUGAAAGUGGGAAGUCCAAAGGUUUUGGUUUCGUCAGCUUUGGAAGACAUGAAGAUGCUCAGAAAGCUGUGGAUGAGAUGAAUGGAAAAGAGAUCAAUGGAAGGCAGAUUUAUGUUGGCAGAGCUCAGAAAAAAGGAGAAAGGCAGACAGAACUCAAACGCCGUUUUGAACAGAUGAAGCAAGACAGAAUCACCAGAUACCAAGGUGUCAACCUUUAUGUGAAAAAUCUCAUUGAUAACAUUGAUGAUGAACGUCUCCGAAAGGAAUUCUCCCGCUUUGGUGCAAUCACAAGUGCAAAGGUUAUGAUGGAAGGGGGUCGCAGCAAAGGCUUUGGGUUUGUCUGUUUCUCCGCACCAGAAGAAGCUGCCAAAGCAGUCACAGAAAUGAAUGGCAGAUUGGUAGGUAAUAAGCCUCUGUAUGUAGCAUUAGCCCAGCGCAAAGAAGAACGCCAGGCUCACCUGACCAACCAGUAUAUGCAGAGAAUGGCUAAUGUUCAAGCCCUGACCAAUCCAAUGCUCAAUCCCUACCAGCCAGCACCUCCCUCAAGCUACUUCAUGACAACUAUGCCACCAUCUCAGAACCGCACUGCAUACUAUCCUUUUGGCCAAAUUGCCCAGCUGAGACCAACUCCUCACUGGGCCGCUCCAGGUGGAAGACUUCAUCCAUUCCAGCCCAUGCCUCGUAUUAUCCGUCCAGAGGCUCCUAGAUUACCAUUUAAUCCUAUGAGACCUGCUUCUCCACAAGUUCCAAGAAUCAUGAGCACCCAGGCUAUUGUUAAUUCACCAAGUCAGCUGUUGGGGCCACCACGUCCACCAUUCAUUCCUGCUGUGCGCACAGUUCAACAAUACAAAUAUGCAGCUGGUGUCCGCAAUCCAAAACGUUUUGAUGUACCGCGACAAGUUACCAUUCCACAACCUGCCAUUCACAUAGAAGGCCUGAAACCAUUAAAUGCUUCCAUGUUAGCAGAUGCCCCUCCUCAAGAGCAAAAGCAGAUGUUGGGGGAACGGCUGUUCCCACUCAUUCAAGCCAUUAAUCCUUCUCUAGCUGGGAAGAUCACAGGCAUGCUGCUGGAGAUCGACAACUCAGAGCUUCUUCACAUGCUUGAGUCUCCUGAGUCUCUCCGUUCCAAAGUUGAUGAAGCUGUGGUCGUCUUGGAGGCUUAUCAGGCUAAAGAAGGUCCCCAGAAUGAAGCUAAUAGUCCACCUGGGGUUCCACCAGAUUAA